CGCGUUGUUUGCACCGCACGGGUUCAAAGAGCAGCGCGCAGGCGCGUUUCGCCGCGCUUGACGCGUAACCAGGGGCAGCAGGAGCUGGAUUGGGCCCCGGGGCCUCGAUGUGUCAGGACGCUCGGCUCUGCCGGAGUUACCGUAAAGAAAAAUGAGAUGAGAUCUUUCUGUUUGGAAAAGAGAAUAUUGGAGAAACUUGCUGGCUGAACCAACCAUUUAGAGUGAUGCAUUUACCACACGGCUGUGAAAUGGAGAAACCAUGGACUAAAUGUAUGUAAAUACAUUGGCAAGAUGGGAACAGCCUCUUCACUGGUUGGUCCAAAUGAAGUAAUUGAAGAUACUGAUUGUGGUGGAGAAGCAUGUGAGAUCCCAGUGGAAGUCAAGCCCAAGGCGAAGCUGCUGCGUAGCUCAUUUAGACGGGGACCACGUGUAAUUGGCGCAAGCUUUAAGUCAACAGCUUCAGUUGACUUUGAAUAUGCUGCAGAAUAUGAGCGACUCAAGAAGGAAUAUGAUAUCUUUCGUGUCAGUAAAAAUAAUGAAAUUACCUCCAUGCAAAAAAGGGAAAGCAAGCUUGACAAAGAAAAUAAAAGACUGAGGGCAGAGCUUCAGGCACUCCAGAAAACCUACCAGAAGAUGCUUCGAGAGAAAGAAAGUGCACUUGAGGCAAAAUAUCAGGCUAUGGAAAGAGCUGCGACAUUUGAGCAUGAUAGGGAUAAAGUAAAAAGGCAGUUUAAGAUUUUUAGAGAAACCAAAGAGAAAGAGAUUCAAGACCUUUUACGAGCUAAACGUGAUUUGGAAACCAAAUUCCAGAGGCUACAGGCUCAGGGUAUUCAGGUGUUUGAUCCAGUAGACUCAGACUCAGAUGACAACCACACUGAUAUCACAGUUACAGGCACUCAAUGUGAGUAUUGGAGUGGUAGGGUCCUAGGAAGUGAGCUGUCAAUGGGCAGCAUGAUCCAGCUUCAGCAGACAUUCCGAGGACCAGAGUUUGCACAAAGUUCAAUUGAUGUAGAGGGGCCUUUUGCUAAUGUUAAUCGAGAUGAUUGGGAUGCUGCCGUUGCAAGUUUACUACAAGUCACACCAUUUCUUCCUCGGACUCUUUGGAGCAAUACAGUGCGUUGUUAUCUUAUGAAUACUGCAGAGACACAGUUGGAAGUGGACAUUUUUCUCCAAGAAUACUUACCAAAGCUGCAAACUAUUUGCGAGAGUCUUGGGCACUUUUUUCUCAUAGUGCAUUUCCCAGUGAAGAACUCAGAUGAAUGUAUAAUUGAGAGGAGAUGGGAAAUUGAGAAAAGUUCCUUGUGUCUUUUCUUCCUGGCUGCUGCUUUGCCCAGGUGUAUCGAAGAGGACUGUGAAGAGUGUUUCCUGAAGAAUGCUGAGACCAGACCUUUGGUAAUUUAUCGCAGAGUGGUGGAGACUGGUGACAAUUCAGCACAUGUACAUCAAUUGAUCGGCAAAGUUUCUGAUGCAAACCAUUCCCAAAGAGCAAAGAUCAUUGAGCAUGAUGGAAAUGCUGAGGAGGGGGCAAAAAAAACAUUUUCCCAAAUAGAAAAGAUCAUCAAGCAGGAAUUGCUGGGUUGGGAAAGCACAGAUCUUGAAAACAAAGAUUCCGGAAUUGAAGAUGACUCCCCUAAUUGGGAAAAGGAGGACUUUGGAGAUGCAAUUUGGGACAUGCAUGAAGAGCAGGAACAGUUGGAAGCUUUUCAGGCUGCAAUUGGAUCAACUUGUGAACUGGGAUUUGAGAAGUAUUUUGAGCGUCUGAAUGAUCUGGUAACAGCUCCUGCACCUAUACCUCCACUUCUUGUAUCAGGUGGUCCAGGCUCUGGAAAAUCCCUUUUGCUGUCUAAAUGGAUUGAGCAUCAACAAAAACGUUCCCCAAGCACUUUAAUUUUGUAUCAUUUUGUGGGAAGACCUUUAUCCACCAGUUCUGAACCAGCAUUAAUAAUUAAAAGACUCACCGUGAAGUUGUUACAGCAUUCCUGGUCCACCUCUACCCUUACACUGGAUCCAAGUAAGUUACUGGAAGAGUUUCCUCGAUGGUUGGAAAAAUUAUCUGCUCGCCACCAAGGCAGUAUCAUCAUUAUCAUAGACUCCAUUGACCAGAUCGAGCAAGCUGAGCGGCAUAUGAAGUGGUUAAUUGAUCCUUUGCCUGUCAACGUGAGAGUGAUUGUUUCUGUAAAUGUGGAGACUUGUCCCCAAACCUGGAGGUUAUGGCCAACACUUCACCUUGACCCACUGAGUUCAAAGGAUAUCAAGGCUCUGAUUUAUACAGAAUGCCAUCAUGCUGAUGUGAAACUAACUAGAGAGCAGGAGAAGAAGCUGGAGAAACACUGUAGAUCUGCGACCAUGUGCAAUGCCUUAUAUGUUACACUUCUGGCCAAAAUGAUCACAUGUGUCAAAGGUCUCGGAGAUGUCGACACUAUUCUCCAAUGCUGUUUUCAAUGUCAAGACACGGUAUCCUUGUACAGGCUUGUACUGCAGUCUGUACAAGAAUCUUUGCCUAGUGAUGGGGACAGGCAGUUGAUGCAGGAGAUUCUCUGUUUAAUCCACGUGAGUCACAAUGGUGUGAGUGAAGGUGAACUUCUGGAGAUUUAUCCUGAACUUCACUGGCCAACAUUGUCCUCUCUCCUUCAUAGCUUGCAGAGAACAUGUGUGCUAACACAGCGCUGUGGCCUGCUGAAAUUUCAGCAUCUCCAGGCCUGGGAAGCAGUGAGGUUGCAGUAUAUGGAGAAAAAGGAACUGGAAUCUGUUACGGUGUACAGAGAAACCCUGGUGCAAUAUUUUUCACAUCAGAUGAGUCAGGGCAGAGUAACUUGGCGUGGUGUGGAUGAGCUUCCCUGGCUCUUCCAGCAGCAAGGGGAAAAGCAGAAGCUGCAUAGCUGCCUACUGAACCUCUUUGUCUCUCAGAACCUGUACAAGAGAGGCCAUUUUGCAGAGUUGCUUUCUUAUUGGCAACACGUGGGGAUGGAUAAAAACUCCAUGGCUGCUGCUUACUUCGAGUCUUUAAAGAAAUAUGAGAAAAGCUGUGAAGGAGAGGAUAUGAUUGUGCGAUUGGCAGAUCUUUAUGAGACCCUUGGGCGCUUUUUGAAGGACUUGGGACUUCUGAGUCAGGCUGUUGCACCAUUGCAACGCUCUUUGGAGAUCCGAGAGAGUGCUUUGGACCCAGAUCACCCCAGUGUCGCUCAGUCUUUGCAUCAGCUCGCCAGCGUGUAUGUACAGUGGAAGAAAUUUGGAAAUGCGGAGCAACUGUACAAACAGGCGUUAGAGAUCAGUGAGAAUGCCCAUGGGCCAGUGCAUCCUCGAGUGGCUCAGGAGCUUGAUGCUUUAGCCAUGCUGUAUCAAAAACAAAAUAAAUAUGAGCAGGUUGAACCAUUAAGAAAACGAUCCAUGAAGAUCAGACAAAAGAUUUCUCGACACAAAGGGAAUAUGCAUGGCUUUGCCAUUCUACGUCGUAGGGCUCUGCAGUUGGAAGAGCUUAGUCUUGGUGCUGAGUGUGCUGACACGGCUCGAACGCUUAAUGAACUGGGAGUGCUCUACUACCUUCAGAACAAUUUGGAGACUGCUGAAGUUUUCUUCAAACGUUCCCUGGAAAUGAGGGAGCGGACUCUUGGUUGUGACCAUCCUGACUGUGCACAGUCAUUGAAUAACCUGGCAGCUUUGUACAAUGAGAAGGAGGACCAUGAGAAAGCUGAGGAGCUGUAUGAAAAAGCUCUGGAGAUCCGCUGUCGAGUUUUGGCACCUGAUCAUCCCUCAGUGGCCUACACUGUCAAGCAUCUUGCAGCAUUGUACAAAAAGAGAGGAAAAUUGGAGAAAGCCGUUCCAUUAUGUCAGCUGGCUGUUGAAAUUCGCCAAAAAUCCUUUGGUCCAAAACACCCAAGUGUGGCAACUGCCCUGGUGAAUCUGGCUGUGCUGUAUUGUCAAUUGAAAAAUCACACAAAAGCAUUACCACUAUAUGACCGUGCUCUGAAGAUCUAUGAGGACAGUUUGGGUCGUUGUCAUCCUCGGGUGGGAGAGACGCUAAAGAAUUUAGCAUUGUUAAGCUAUGAAGAAGCCAAUUUUGAGAAGGCAGCAGAAUUGUACAAGAGAGCAAUGGAUAUCAAGGAAGCGGAGUCCUCGGUGGUUUGUGGAAAAGUUCUGUCAAGGCAUUCAUCCAGUGGAGAUGCUUUCAGUUUAAAAAACGCUUUGGCCUCUAAUCCCUAUCUGGAACUGGGGUUCAGGUGACCAACAUCAAAAAUGGAUCGCAAACUCCUGUGCUGUAGUCUCAAGUGGUUUUUAAUCUUUUGUGAGUACAGUCCAUCCUGAAAUGGACUUAUUUCAUAACUUCAACUGAAGAUUUCCAGGAAUCUGGAACAUUUAGUUGUGUAAAGGAAUAUUUUGAGAAAAAGAACUGUGAUUAAGCACCAAUGAUUCUGGCAUGUGGGAGAGAAAGAAUGAUGCUUUGUCACUAACUUGGAUCAACUCAUGUUUGGGAUGAGCUGGUUCUACUCCUAAAUGAAAAAUUCAUUACUGAACCAAAACUGCUUCUGAAGGGAAAUGUUUUUAUAGCAUUGAAAAUAAAUCUGUCCCUAGUACCAGCACCUACAAGUGCCACCAUUAUGAGAACGAUUAGGAAAUGUCAUCUCCCUCUUCCGAGGACUAACUUUGUGACCUCAAUGGGGUAGAAUUGGGAAGAUGUUUUUUUAAUGCUGUGACUGCUUUGGAUGGAAGUUCUUGCAUUUUGGGAGGUGACUAUAGACUGUAGAGGAGCUAUAGAUAAGUUGUCACAGGGCCUCGGGGGACAGAUAGGAGAGGGAAGGGCAAGAGUCAGAUACUAGAGAAUACCCCAGUGGCUGUCCCCCUUAACAAUAAGUAUUCCUGUUCGAGUACUGUUGGGGGAAUGGCCUACCUAGGGGAAGCAACAGUGCUCGCACCUCUGACACAGAGUCUGGCCCUGUGGCUCAGAAGGGUAGGGAAAGGAAGAAGGCAGCAGUAUAGGAGGCUCUGUAGUCAGGGGGUCAGAGAGGCAAUUCUGUGGAUGCAGGAAAGAAACUCGGGUGGUACUUUCCCUCCCAGGUGCCAGGGUCUGGGAUGUUUCUGAUUGCAUCCACGACACCCAGAAGUGGGAAGGUGAGCAGCUAGAUAUCGUGGUACAUAUUGGUACCAACGGCAUAGGUAGGAAGCUGAGAAGCAGGACCUCAAAGGUAGUAAUCUCAGGAUUACUGCCUGUGCCAUGCGACAGUGAGAAUAGGAAUAGAGUGAGGUGGAGGAUAAAUGUGUGGGAUUGGACAAGGGGGCAGGGAUUCCGAUUUCUGGAUCAUUAGUACCUCUUUUGGGGCAGGCAUGACCUGUACAAAAAAAAAACAUGUUACACUUGAAUCCCAGGGGGACCAAUAUCCUGGCAGGGAGGUUUGCUAAGGCUAUUGGAGAGCGUUUAAACUAGAAUUGCUGGGGGUUUGGCACCGAACUGAGGAGAUGGGGGAAAGGGCGUUUGGUUCACGAACAGAGAAAGCUUGACAGUGUGAGAGGGAGGACAGGCAGGUGAUAGAGAAUGGAUACACUCCAGACCAAUGGUUUGAGAUGUGUCUGUUAAUGCAAGAAGCACUGUGAACAAAGCAGAUGAGCUUAGAACGUGGAUCAAUACUUGGAGCUGUGAUGUUUUGGCCAUUACAGAGGAGACUCGGAUGGCUCAGAGGUAGGAAUGGUUACUUUGAGUGCCAGGCUUUAGAUGUUUCAGAAAGGACAGGGAGGGAAUCAAAAGAGGUGGGGGCAUGGCACUGUUGAUCAGAGAUAGUGUCAUGGCUGCAGAAAAGGAGGAAGUCAUGGAAAGAUUGUCAACUGAAUCUCUGUGGGUGGAAGUUAGAGACAGGAAGGGGCCAAUAACUCCACUGGGUGUUUUUUAUAGUAACAGGGACAUCUAGGAGCAGAUAGGGAGGCAGAUCCUGGAAAGGUGUAAUAAUAACAGGGUCGUCAUCGUGGGAGAUUGGCAUCCCCCUAGAGCAAGAGCUUUAGAUGGGGUGGUUUGUUAGGUGUGUUCAAGGUUUCUUGACACAAUAUGUAGAUAAGCCGACAAGAGGAGAGGCUGUACUUGAUCUGGUAUUGGGAAAUGAACCUGGUCAGGAGUCAGGUCUCCCAUGGGGGAGCAUUUUGGAGAUAGUGAUUAUAAUUCUAUCUUCUUUACCACACCAUUGGAGAGGGAUAGGAACAGACAAGUUAGGAAAGUGCUUAAUUGGAGUAAGGGAAAUAUGAAGCCAUCAGGCAGGAGUUUGGAAGCAUAAAUUGGGAACAGAUGUUCUCAGGGAAAUGUACGACAGAAAUGUGACAAAUGUUCAGGGGAUAUUUGUGCGGAGUUCCGCAUUGGUAUGUUUGAAUGGGACAGGGAAAGGAUGGUAAGGUACAGGAACCGUGGUGUACAAAGGCUGUUGAAAAUCUAGUCAAGAAGAAAAAAAAGCUUACCAAAAAAUUAGGUAAUGAUAGAGAUCUAGAAAAUUAUAAGGCUAGCAGGAAGGAGCUUAAGAAGGAAAUUAAGAGAGCCAGAAGGGGCCAUAAGAAGGCCUUGGUGGGCAGGAUUAAGGAAAACCCCAAGGCAUUCUACAAGUAUGUGAAGAGCAAGAGGAUAGAACAUGAGAGAAUAGGACCAAUCAAGUGUGACAGUGGAAAAGUGUGUAUGGAACCAGAGGAGAUAGCAGAGGCACUUAAUAAAUACUUUCCUUCAGUAUUCACUAUGGAAAAGGAUCUUGGCGAUUGUAGGGAUGACUGACAGUGGAAUGUAAAGCUUGAGCAUAUAGACAUUAAGAAAGAAGAUAUGCUGGAGCUUUUAGAAAGCAUCAAGUUGGAUAGGUCUCUGGGACUGGACAAGAUAUACCCCAGGCUACUAUGGGAGGCGAAGGAGGAGAUUGCUGAGCCUCUGGCAAUGAUCUCUGCAUCAUCAAUGGAGAGGUGAGAGGUUCCUGAGGAUUGGAGGGUUGCAGAUGUUGUUCCCUUUUUCAAGAAAGGGAGUAGAGAUGGCCCAGGAAAUUAUAGACCAGUGAGUCUUACUUCAAUGGUGGGUAAGUUGAUGGAAAAGUCCUUGAGAGGCAGCACUUAUGAACAUUUGGAGAGGCAUAAUAUGGUUAGGAAUUGUAAGUCAAAAGGAAGUCAUGCCUUACGAGCCUUAUUGAAUGUUUUGAGGAUGUGACUAAACACAUUGAUGAAGGUGGAGCAGUAGAUGUAGCGUAUAUGGAUUUCAGCAAGGCAUUUGGUAAGAUAAGCCAUGCAAGGUUUAUUGAGAAAGUAAUGAGGCAUGGGAUCCAAGGGGACCUUGCUUUGUGGAUCCAGAAUUGGCUUGCCCACAGAAGGCAAAGAGUGAUUGUAGACGGGUCAUAUUCUGCAUGGAGGGUCGGUGACCAGUGGAGUGCUGCAAGGAUCUGUUCUGGGACACCUUCUCUUCUUGAUUUUUAUAAAUGACCUGGAUGAGGAAGUGAACACAAGGAAAUCUGCAGAUGCUGGAAAUUCAAGUAACACACACAAAAUGCUGGUGGAACGCAACAGGCCAGGCAGCAUCUAUGGGGAGAAGCACCGUCGAUGUUUCAGGCUGAAACCCUUUGUCAGGACUAACUGAAAGGAAAGAUAGCAAGAGAUUUGAAAGUAGGAGGGGGAGGGGAAAAUGCGGAAUAAUAGAAGACAGGAGGGGGUGGAGUGAAGCUGAGAGCCGGAAAGGUGAUUGGCGAAAGGGAUACAGAGCUUGGAGAAGGGAAAGGAUCAUGGGAUGGGAGGGAGAAAGAAAGGGGGAGGGGAGCACCAGAGGGAAAUGGAGAACAGGCAGAGUGAUGGGCAAAAAGAGGGGGAGAAAACUAAAUAUAUCAGGGAUGGGGUAAGAAGGGGAGGAGGGGCAUUAACGGAAGUUAGAGAAAUCAAUGUUCAUGCCAUCAGUUUGGAGGCUACCCAGCCGGUAUAUAAGGUGUUGUUCCUCCAGCUUGAGUGUGGCUUCAUCUUGACAGUAGAGGAGGCCAUGGAUAGACAUAUCAAAAUCAGAAUGGGACGUGGAAUUAAAAUGAGUGGGCACUGGGAGAUCCUGCUUUCUCUGGCGGACUGAGCGUAGGUUUUCAGUGAAACGGUCUCCCAGUCUAUGUCGGGUCUCACCAAUAUAUAAAAGGCUGCAACGGGAGCACAGGGCGCAGUAUACCACACCAGCCGACUCACAGGUGAAGUGUCGCCUCACCUGGAAGGACUGUCUGGAGCCCUGAAUGGUGGUGAGGGAGGAAGUGUAAGGGCAGAUGUAGUACUUGUUCCGCUUACAAGGAUAAGUGCCAGGAGGGAGAUCGGUGGGAAGGGAUGGGGGGGACGAGUGGACAAGUGGAUAAGGGAGUCACGUAGGGAGCAAUCCCUGCGGAAAGAUGUGCUUGGUAGUGGGAUCCCGUUGGAGGUGGUGGAAGUUAUGGAGAAUUAUAUGUUGGACCUGGAGGCUUGUGGGGUGGUAGGUGAGAACAAAGGGAACCCUGUCCCGAGUGGGGUGGCAGGCAGAUGGGGUGAGGGCAGAUGUGCGGGAAAUGGGAGAGAUGCGUUUGAGAGCAGAGUUGAUGGUGGAAGAAGAGAAGCCCCUUUGUUUAAAAAAGGAAGACAUCUCCUUCGUCCUGAAAUGAAAAGCCUCAUCCUGAGAGCAGAUGCAGUGGAGACAGAGGAAUUGUGAGAAGAGGAUAGCAUUUUUGCAAGAGACAGGGUGGGAAGAGGAAUAGUCCAGGUAGCUGUGAGAGUCUGUAGGCUUCUAGUAGAUAUCAGUAGAUAAGCUGUCUCCAGAGAUGGAGACAGAAAGAUCAAGAAAGGGGAGGGAGGUAUCAGAAAUGGACCAGGUAAAUUUGAGGGCAGGGUGAAAGUUGGAGGCAAAGUUAAUGAAGUCAACGAGCUCGGCAUGCGUGCAGGAGGCAGUGCCAAUGCAGUCGUUGAUGUAGCAAAGGAAAAGGGGGGGGACAGAUACCCAUAUAGACUUGGAACAUGGACUGUUCCACAAAGCCAACAAAAAGGCAGGCAUAACUGGGACCCAUACGGGUGCCCAUGGCUACACCCUUGGUUUGGAGGAAGUGGGAGGAGCCAAAGGAGAAAUUAUUGAGAGAAAGAACUAAUUCUGCUGGAUGGAGGAGAGUGGUGGUAGAGGGGGAUUGGUUAGGUAUGGAAUCCAAAAAGAAGCAAAGAGCUUCGAGACCGUCUGGGUGGGGGAUGGAGGUAUAUAGGGACUGGACGUCCAUGGUGAAAAUAAGGCGGUGGGGGCCAGGGAACUUAAAAUCAUCGAAAAAAUUCAAAGCGUGAGAAGUGUCAAGAACAUAGUUGGGAAGAGAUUGAACAAGGAGGGAUAAGACAGUGUCAAGAUAUGCAGAAAUGAGUUUGGUGGGGCAGGAGCAAGCUGAGACAAUAGGCCUACCUGGACAGGCAGGUUUGUGGACCUUGGGUAGGAGGUAGAAAUGGGAAGUGUGGGGUGUGGGAACUAUGAGGUUGGUGGCAGUGGAUGGGAGAUCCCCAGAGCUGAUAAGGUUGGUGAUGGUAUAGGAGACAAUGGCCUGGUGCUCCUUAGUGGGGUCAUGAUCAAGGGGUAAAUAUGAGGAGGUAUUAGAGAGUUGUCGCUGUGCCUCGGCCAGGUAGUUGUCAGAACGCCAGACAAUAACAGCUCCCCACUUAUCAGCAGGUUUGAUAGCGAGGUUGGGAGUUGAGCGGAGGGAGCGGAGAGCAGAGCGUUCAGAAGGAGUGAGGUUGGAACUGGAACAGGGUGUGGUGAAGUCGAGACGGUUGACGUCCCAUCGGCAAUUAGCAAUAAAGAGAUCCAGAGCAGGUAGAAGACCAGAGCGGGGUGUCCAUGAAGAGGAGGAGGGUUGAAGACGGGAGAAGGGGUCAUCGGUGGGGGUAGGAGAGUCCUUGUCAAAGAAGUAAGCUCGGAGACGGAGCCAGCGGAAGAAGAGUUCAGUGUCAUGGUGUACACAGAACUCGCUGAGGUGUGGGUUAAGGGGACAAAGCUGAGGCCCUUACUGAGGUCAGAGUGCUCUGCCUUAGAGUUGAAGGUCGGAGGGAAUGGUAAAGACCCAGCACAGAUGGGAGAUGGGAUCAGAGGGGGGAGGGAGGCUGGUAGUGUCAGUGGAGAGGGAAAGGUUGGGGUGAGAGGAAGAUGGAGCCUCUGAGGGCCCAGGAGCUGACGAUGGGAUCUGAGGGAGAGGGGAUUGCAGAGUGGUGGUGGGGGAAGGGGAGAUGGGAGACACAAUCGCAGCAUGUGAAGACCUGGCCUGGAGUUCAAGGCUGGAGCCAACUGACAGGUGAAGUGUCGCCUCACCUGGAAGAACUGUCUGGGGCCCUGAAUGGUGAUGAGGGGGUAAGUGUAAGGGCAGGUGUAGCACUUGUUCCACUUACAAGGAUAAGUGCCAGGAGAGAGAUCGGUGGGAAGGGAUGGGGGGAGACAAAUGGACAAGGGAGUCGCGUAGGGAGCGAUCCCUGUGGAAAACAAAGAGUGGGGGAGGGAAAGAUGUGUUUGGUAGUGGGAUCCUGUUGGAGGUGGCGGAAGUUACGGAGGAUUAUACAUUGGACCCUGAGGCUGGUGGGGUGGUAGGUGAGGACAAGGGGAACCCUAUCCCCAGUGUCGAAACGUCAACAGUGCUUCUCCCUAUAGAUGCUGCCUGGCCUGCUGCUUUUCACCAGCAUUUUGUGUGUGUUGGAUGAGGAAGUGGAGGGAUGGGUUAGUAAAUUUGCUGAUGAGACAAAGGUUGGGGGUGUUGUGGACAGUGUGGAGGGCUGUCAGAGGUUACAGUGGGACAUGGAAAGGGUGCAAAACUGGGCUGAGAAGUGGCAGAUGGAGUUCAACCCAGAUAAGUGGGAGGUGGUUCAUUUUGGUGGGUCAAAUAUGAUGGCAGAAUAUAGUAUUAAUGGUAAGACUCUUGGCAGUGUGGAGGAUCAGAGGGAUCUUGGGGCCUGGACACUCAAAGCUGCACAGAUUGACUGUGUGGUUAUGAAGGCAUAUGGUGCAUUGGCCUUCAUCAACUUUGGGAUUGAAUUUAGGAGCAGAGAGGUUAUGUUACAGCUAUAUAGGACCGCAGUACUUCACUUGGAGUACUGUGCUCAGUUCUGGUCGCCUCACUACAGGAAGGAUGUGGAAACCAUAGAAAGGGUGCAGAGGAGAUUUACAAGGAUGUUGCCUGGAUUGGGAGCAUGCCUUAUGAGAAUAGGUUGAGUGAACUCGGCCUUUUCUCCUUGGAGCGAGAGGAUGAGAGGUGACCUGACAGAGGUGUGUAAGAUGAUGAGAGGCAUUGAUCACAUGGAUAGCCAGAGACUUUUUCACCAGGGCUGAAAUGGUCAACAUGAGAGGGCAGAGUUUUAAGGUGCUUGAAAGUAGGUACAGAAGAGAUGUCAGGGGUAAGUUUUUUUAUACAGAGAGUGGUGAGUGCAUGGAAUGGGCUGCUGGCAAUGGUGGUGGAGGUGAAUAUGAUAGGGUCUUUUAAGAGACUCCUGGUUAGGUACAUGGAGCUUAGAAAAAUUGAGGGCUACAGGUAACCCUAGGAAAUUUCUGAAAUAAGUACAUGUUCAGCACAGCAUUGUGGGCUGAAGGGCCUGUAUUGUGUGUAUUGUGCUGUAGGUUUUCUGUUUCUAUUAUGGAAAUACAAUUUCAUGUAUUAAUCGGAAUGGGAUGUAUUGUUAGUUUGAGCAGUAUAAUCAGUACCUUGGAAUAUUAAAUAUAGCAUUGAAACCACA